AUGCUUGCACAUGCUGACGUCACACAUGCUGCUGACGUCAGGCAUGGCGUCACCGAGAGAGGGGAGAGCAAGGAGAGAGGGGAGGGAGUGGGAGAGUGGGGAGAGAGUGGGAGAGGGGGGAGAGAGGGGAGAGAGGCGGAGAGGGGAGGGAUUGGGAGAGCAAGGCACGGCGGGGCACAGCGGGACACACGGGCGAUGGAUGGGAACGAAGGGGAUGUGAGUGUGACUGAUAACACAGCGCGGGAAGGAGCGACAUGCGCGGAGUGGGCGGGGCGGAAUGAGCGGAGCGGAGUGGGCGGGGCGGAGUGGGCGGGGCGGGGUGGGCGGGGCGGGGUGGGCGGGGCAGAGUGGGCGGGGCGGAAUGGGCGGGGCGGAGUGGAGGUGUAA